GGAAGAGGAGGGGAAAGGAGACGUCCAGCUGCAUCGGGUAGGAGUUUCUCUCGGUUUCAUCUAAAGCUGAUCAGCAGGAGGAGAAGAGUCUGACGGAGCAGCGGAGGAACCUUUUGGACUUGGCUCAGCCACUACAGAGGAAACGAUGAGCUCGGCACAGACGGACCAACAGGCACUGAGAAGUCCGCGCCCUCAGGAGGGUGAUGAAGCUCACAGAAAAGAGGACGACAACAUAUACAGAUGCGAUGAGUGUGGGAAGCCUUUUACUGCGAAGAUUUUCCUAAAAAGACAUCAAAUCAUCCACACCGGGGAGAGUCCGUUCAGGUGUGAGUUUUGUGGGAAGUAUUUUUCCAAGGCUGGAAAUUUGACAAGACACCGACUCAUCCACAGCGGAGUGAAAGCGUUCAGAUGCAACUUGUGUGGAAAGUCUUUUACUCAGAAGAGUGACCUAAAAAACCAUCAACUCAUCCACAGCGGACUUAAAGCAUACAGCUGUGAUCGGUGCGGGAAGUGUUUUACAAAGAAACAGAGCUUGGAAAAUCAUAAGCUCCUCCACAGCGGAGUGAAACCGUACAGCUGCGAUCAGUGUGGAAGAACCUUUGCUCGCAGGUAUACGUUAAAGAGUCAUCAACUUACCCACUCUGCGGUUAAGGCAUACAGCUGUGAUAUGUGCGGAAAAACCUUCAGGCAGAUGGGGACCCUAAGUAAACACCAACGCAUUCACACCGGACAUAAUGUGUACUGCUGUGACCAGUGUGGGAAACGCUUUGUCACAUACUACAACUUACACAUUCACAAAUUUACCCACACUGAGGAGAGACCUUAUAAAUGUGACCUGUGUGAUAAGGCUUAUAAAGAUCCAGAUUACCUGAAAGUGCACCAACAGAUACACACCAGAAAGUGCACUUUCUGUGAGAGUGAACCCAAUGGAUCUGGUCCUGAACCCUGUCAUCACUGCGGAGCUGGGAAAGCGUUUCGAUGUGACGUUUGUGGAAAUACUUUCAAGAAGAAAUCGGGCCUGAAACUGCAUCAGCGCAGACACACUGGACUCAAAUUGAGCUACUGCAGAGAGUGUGGGAAAAGCUUCCCCAUGCCAAGUGCAUUAAAGCGCCAUGAACUGAUCCACAGUGGGGUUAGGAAGCACCUCUGUGACCAGUGCGGGUCAUCCUUCAUCACUGCAAGUGACCUGAAGAAGCAUGAACGAAUCCACACAGGAGAGAAACCAUACAAGUGCAGACACUGUGACAAAAGCUUCACGCACUCAAUUAAUCGUUACCGUCACGAAUGUAAACACGUUGAAGUGAACGACAGCAGCAGUCACAGGUCAUCAUAAAGUGUGGACAUGUUGUUGGUCAUUGGAGGAGUUUAAGUAUCUCGGGGUCUUGUUCACGAGUGAUGGGAGAAGAGAGCGGGAGAUCGACAGACGGAUUGGUGCUGCGGCUGCAGUGAUGCGGACGCUGUACUGGUCUGUUGUGGUGAAG